AUGGAGGCCUGCCGAGGGGUGGUGGUGGCCUGGGCUCUCAGCCUCCUGACAGGAGUCUGUGAUGCGUUUAACAUCGAUACAAAGAAGCCAAGAAUUAUCCCAGGCUCCAGAGAAGCAUACUUCGGCUACACAGUUCAACAGCAUGAAAUCAAUGGGAAGAAAUGGCUAGUGGUAGGAGCUCCAUAUGAGGUCAAUGGUCCCCAGAAAACAGGAGAUGUCUAUAAGUGUUCAGUGAACGGCAAGACCAACAGCACAUGUUCCAAGCUCAAUCUAGGAAGAGUAACUCUUUCCAAUGUGUCGGAACGAAAGGAUAACAUGCGGCUGGGUCUCAGCUUAACUACCAACCCCAAAGACAACAGCUUUUUGGUAGAAAAAGAUAUGGAUGAUCAAGACACCAGAUGCCAAUAUCCCUUAAUGAUCUUCGUCUAUCUGGUUGCAGAAUGCCAGACAUACAUGGAUAUAAUUAUAGUACUGGAUGGAUCUAACAGCAUCUACCCCUGGGCAGAAGUUCAAAAUUUCCUGAUAAGAAUCUUGAAGAAAUUUUACAUCGGACCUGGCCAAAUACAGGUUGGAGUUGUCCAGUAUGGAGAGGAUGCUGUCCAUGAAUUUCACCUGAAUGAUUAUAGGUCUGUAAAGGAUGUGGUAGAAGCAGCUAAACACAUCGAGCAGAGAGGGGGUACUGAAACCCGAACAGCCUUUGGAAUAGAGUUUGCUCGCUCAGAAGCAUUUCAGAAAGGAGGAAGGAAGGGUGCAAAGAAGGUUAUGAUUGUGAUCACCGAUGGAGAGUCUCACGACAGCCCAGAUCUUGAGAAGGCAAUUGAAGGCAGCGAGAAGGACAACGUUACCAGAUAUGCCGUGGCAGAUGGGAUUCUGCUUGGAGCCGUUGGUGCCUAUGACUGGAAUGGUGCUGUCCUCAAAGAGACCAGCAGUGGCAAAGUUGUUCCUCAUCGAGAAUCCUAUCUUCAAGAGUUUCCAGAUGAACUGAAAAAUCAUGGAGCCUAUCUUGGCUACACCGUGACUUCGGUGGUGUCCACAAGACUCAACAGGAUUUAUGUAGCAGGAGCCCCUCGAUUUAACCAUACGGGAAAAGUGAUUGUUUUCACAAUGCACACAAAUCGAAGCCUCACCAUUCACCAGUCACUGACCGGAGAGCAGAUCGGUGCCUACUUUGGAAGUGAAAUCAGUUCAGCAGAUGUUGAUGGCAAUGGAAUGACAGACAUUCUGUUGGUUGGAGCUCCCAUGUAUUUCAGUGAAGGGCGAGAGAGAGGAAAAGUCUACAUCUACAGCUUAAAAGAGCUGGUUUUGGUGUGA